AUGGAACCAUACGAUGACAAAUUUUCUUGUCCCCACAUAUGUCCCAAGACGGAUCAACCUCAAGAUUCUGCCAAAAUCGAGAUGGAGCAAUCUAUAAAGAGAGAAAAUAUACACGCGGCACCUUACGUGCCGGGUAUGAUAAACCCACCUGAACCAAAAGUUUAUCCGCCCGGAGCUCCGCCUAGGUAUCUGCCACAGCCUACAGAUAGUACUAGUGGGGACAUCCUUGGCAUGGGUCCCAUCGGACCAUGGGCUACAGGUCAUUUAGACUGGACGCCUCAAGCGGGAUGCACGGGAGUCAGACCUGUGGUCGACAAAUAUUCUAUAACAAGAUACUCAACAGGAGAAUGGAGGAAGAACAACCUGUAUACUUUGACCCCUCGCGCGACAGACAAAGCUAAAGCAUUAGAAGCACAAACAAAACAAGAUAUAGACAACGCCUUCCAAAACCUGAACAUAAAGUUGGAGGACUCUAAUAAAAAAUUGCAUAAAAGAAUCAAAGACUUAUCUAAAUGGAAGAAAGAAGUCGAAAAAACUCUCGACGCUAUGACUGAAGAGAUAAAUACUCUCGACAAUGAUCGAGCGAAACUAAAAGGAGCCUGCAGGAUAUUAAUGAUGCCGGAAGCUAUAUCCAGGGAGUGUUUGGAACUGAGAACGAAUAGGUACGAACCUGAUUUGGUCAGAGAUGACGCAGAGCAGGAACUUAUCAAAGAGGUCGCGAUUGUCGGAGAAAUAAGGAGAGUGUUCAUGAAUACUCUCGCUAAAGUCGAGGAGCAAAUGGCAAAGAAUAAAGCUGCAAAAAGCAGCAUAGAAUUCGAUUGGAGCGACAAAAUGGUUAGCUUGAAAGUUGACAGGAACAUCUCAACACUCAGUCCUCAAUCAAACCUCAUCCUCUACCAUCCUGGUGUCGCCAGGUGGCCAGAGAAUGCCACUACCCUGGAAUAUUGGGAACAUUAUUGUGCUGAGAGCAUCAGAAACUGCGAGGAAGUUAGGAAGCAAUCCGUUCAGUUACGUGGGGACCUGAUGACGACCAUACUAAAAGGUAGCCAGGACAUGAAACUACAGGCUGAUAGAACAAACGCAGCAUUAGCCGAAACGGUCGAAGCUACAGAGGCUCUGUGCGAUAAACUAGAAGAAAACCUAAAAGACAACCUACAGAAAAUUGCUGACAUAGAAAAUCUCAUAGACUACUUGAAAGAAUCAUUACGGAAAGUCGAGGAACAAAACAAAUGUGUUAUGACAAGAUUAUUCGCUAGAAACUAUGAUCGGACUAGCGUUGAGAAUUGCAGGGAUGAGGCGCAAUACGCCUUAAUAGCGGAGGCCAAGUUUAUAAAGGAGACAGCAGAAUCAUUGAAUGACAAGAUGAGACAAGCGGCGACCGUGCUGUCAGAGCUUAAGAAAUACAGAGGGGAGUUGGAAAAAGACAUCGCCUGUAAGAGGAAAAGCCUGAAUAUUGACAAAGACAGAUGUGCUCGAGUUCGAGCACACAUGCCAACACCCGAAGAAUUCGCUGAAGCUUAA